UGCAAAUGUUUUUACAUCUAUGUGAUGAAUGUGAACAGCAAAAGUAACAAGCAAGGAAAGCAAACUGUUUCGAGAAGAUCGCGCUACAAUGAGGCAUGCAGGCGUUCUGCAUUGGCUUUCACUUGGCUUUUUGGAAAAUUAGAUGCAGAUGCGUGUUUCAGUCACCUAACAGAUGAGUUGAAUGAAUUCAUCAUAUACAUAGAAGAAGGCUCUUCUCUGCCUUGUGUUUUCACUGAUGAAUUCAGCCAUGCGUUUGUGAGUGGUCAAAUAUACGGUGCGGCGUGUGAAUCUCUGUUCGGUCUGUCGCCGUCUCAUUGGAAUCAGAGUGGUUUUCAAGGUCUAUGUCGAUUCCUAAUCAACCGAGGCGUAUCGCUACAGGCAAACUUUAAUGUCCAAUCGCUUACGCACGUGCCAUUAGAUCAGACCUCACAUUGUGUGUUGAUUGAAUCUCUGAUGGGACUGGAUAUUCGAAUCAGCCUAACAUGUGAAAAGAUAUCAGCGUCCAGAUUCCAGGUUCUUUCGAAUUGCCAUUUGCUAUUACCCUGGCAGCAAGUCGAUUUUACAAUUCUCCACUGGCUGAACGAAUCAGCCACAGGUGUGAAUGAGUAUCUUGAGAAACACUGGAGUGAAUUUGAUGAAUUAGACGAACUGACAACUGGAGAUGAAGGUGCUGGAAGGGGAGGGGUGGCUUUGAUUGAUGACGUAGUCCAUGGGAUAUCGGAUGGUCAAAGUUUGCUAGCUGUGAUUUGUUUUUACUUCCCGAAUGUGGUCCCUCUCAGUGCUGGGAGAUUCUGCGAUUUGAUGAGUUUCUCAGACUGUGUACACAAUUUAUCACUAGUCUGUGAUUUCAUCUCGAGCCCGUUAUACACUGAGAACUAUUCAAACGUGCAGCCGUGGCUACUAACUGUGGAAGAUCUAGUCUACCCUAAUUUGUCCUUGAGAGUGCAUGUGGUUAAUGCAUUGGUGCAGUUGUAUUUAGCAGUGAAAGGGACGCCACCUAAUGAGACGCUUAGUGGAUCACAGUAUUUGUCACAAACAAGUUUGAAAAGUAGCCCAGAGAACGAACCUUGGGAAGAAAAGAAGGCUGAAGAAAAUUCAGAUUUUGUUAAUGGGUUCAACGCUAACCUGAGGUCAAAAUCAAUGAAUUCUUUCGCGGCUGUCAGAAACGCAGCGUCUACUGAUCCGGCUGGUGAUGCCCUGCUCGAACUAGAGUCCAGAUGGAAGCAGAACAACCCUUCCAGGUCAAACACAGUCUCACCCUCUCUACCGUCGCCCCCUUCAGAGGUCAAUUUGAGGUCACACAAAAUAUCACCUCAAAGUAGGAGAGUAGAGAAUGCGAGAAGUCCUCGCAAUCCGAGAGUACCUUCGGAAGAUUCGGCGUUUGGAACUAUGAGUUCCAACUCACAAACAUCGUCGAGAUCAAAUCUGUCAACAAUUCUGCAACUUCGAGGACCGAAAACUGAAGACUCUUCUAAGACCAGAAAAUUGGAGGAGUCUUCAAGUCAAAUUGAAUCGGGAGGCAAGACAUACUCGAAGCGGAAUACGAGACCAUCGAAUCCCCGAACGUCAGUACACGAGUUAACUGAAAUGUACGAACGAGACGCGAAACCUCUCUCGGCUAUGAAAAACGAACAACAUUCUGGAACAACGACUGAAAUAAUACCAAAAAAUAUGCAAAGAUCACGAGCUUUGAGCGGGAAUAAUGCCAAUGCUGGAAAUGUUACAUCAUUUGGAAACCAGUCGAAGUUAAGAAGUAAUAAUAUGAGUAGUAACAAAGGAGAUGGCGGUGUUCGGGUAACAAGGCCGAAAAGUGCAUUAGAUGAACGGAUGUUUACGGCGAUCAGAGGUGGACAUGGCGAUGAUUCGGAUGAUGUCAAUUCGGAGCCCGAAGUGUCAAUGAUGACGUCAUCUGUACGCUCACAGGCUAAUGAGUACGGCGUGAGCAGCAGUGCUAAAAUGAGUGCAAUCAAACUGAAGAUGGAGGAGCGGAGAAGGUGCAUCCAGAAAGAGAGGGCCAAACUGGAGGCUGCUAGGUCCAAACAUCGCCAGGAGAUAGGCAAGACCGCAUUCAUGCGCGUGAUCAAGGCGAACGACAACAGAAGUGGCAGUGGUGAUAAGCGUGAUCAGAAUGUGAAUGAAAGUGAAGAAGACGAGGAGGAAGAUAAGAGUGGGAGUCCGAUGGAAGAGAGUGAUGGAUCAUUAGUGGAUUGUAGAAGGGCAGGGACGACAGAAGGGGGGUACGAAUCAUAUGGAUCAGAGGUCGUUCGCAGACAGCGAACUCCGAACGAACGUCAGAACUUCGCGAAUCGCAGACAACGAGCACGCAGUACAAAUCUCGACAACUCCGACUUUCAGUAUACUAACCAAGAUCCACCCCUGACUCGUAAGAUUUCAGCUGAAGUUCAAACUUCAAUCGAUCUUCAAACACACAAUCAAAAUCACAAUUCGUAUUACGAUUCAUCUCCGAUAUCGCAAUUUAGUACUCGCAAUUUGAACAGUAGAAGUAAUGGUAAUCGGCCAAUGAGUUAUUACAUGGAGCGAGACGAGUUAGAUAGUUUGUCGAGUGGAAUUGGUUCAAAUCAAAGUACGUUAAGAAGAACAAAAGCGUUAAGUCGGCCUUCGACUGCGAGGGGAGAACAUAUGUUUGUUGAAAAUCAGAUGCAAGGCUAUCAUAAUAACCAGAUGGAAGAUGGGGAAAUAAGAGGGGCGCGGAGAGGGGAUGAAAAAAGGGGAGGGGCUGGGAGCUCAGUGGACUUGACGAGUUCGCUCGAGAGAGAUAUGUUGAUUGAACAGAAUCAGAUACUAGCGAGGGAGCUGCAAACUCUAAAACACAAAUUCAUAACCGAAAUGGAAACACGAAAACUACAUUCAGAACGAGAGAUGCAAAUGGAACUACAGCGCCAACAGUAUGGGCAAAGUAUAAGCAGAAACAGUAGCCGAGAACAAUUGAACAGUUUCGGAAACCCAAACACAUUCCAACCACACCAAAUGAAUUUAUGGCAUAACAACAGUAGUCAUCCAGAUUUGAUUAAUAGUAACACUAACAGGUUACCACAGGUUAUAAAUCAUAACCAAAUUGGCCAGCAACCGAAUGCUUCCCUUAUAAACCGUCAUCAGCCUUUCAGUCAUAUACAGCAGUAUCCGGUACACCAAAACCAACAACAGCAAGGAGUUUUUAAUCCUUAUGGUAGCAGUAUUCCAAUGGGCCAAUCCGUGCAAUUAAAUAACCUUCAUCAUCAGGGUCAAAUGAGUAAUAACAUCCCAAAUCAAGGUCAGAUGAGAAGUUUUCAAGGCCAAGCUUUGCAACCGCCUUACGCAGUGCAUGAACAAGAAUUGUAUCACAACUAUGAGACAACACAUAAGCAAGAGUAUCAUUAUGAAACACUGCACGGAUCUCAUCAUAAUUAUUACCAGCAAAGUUUGCCCUACAAUCAAAACCAAAAUUUACCGACUAGUAGUUCGGAUAAUCAGAGUCAUCAAAACUUACAAAUGGUCGAUUCGCAAAGUAACAUUCCAAGUAGUGAACGUAAAUUUAGUGUACAUAGUCAGACUUCGAAGGGAAAUAACUUGAAUCCAGAUGAAAGUCUAAGGCCGAUUGUUGUCAGUCCUAAACCAACUAUCAAAAAUGAAAAUUUGAAUUGUAGUAAUGAUAAUUUCAUCCAAAGUUCACCUCGUAGCGAGGGAAGAAAAGUAUCAUCAAGUAGUAAUCCCCCAAAAAGACCGCAAACACUAUCAAUGGAAUCUCAGAAUGAGAAGGAUUCUAAAACCGAGGAAACGUCCAAAAUGCGAACCCGGGGAAAGAAUGUUGAAAAGAAAGAUACAUUUGAGUCAUCGUGUGCAAUCUCGCCCCUGGAUCCAGAAGUUCAAAUAAGUUCAAGUGUAGAGGUCACGCCCGAAAAUAGUCCAGUUCACGUUAAGUCCAAAAGGUCAAAUAAGAAUGACGUAAUGACCUCGGAUGAAGUGGAUUCAAAAAGAGACGCAAUUGACAAAAGUGGUGCUACAAGUCCCUCUCAGCAGAAAAGUGGAAAGGAUCCUCCGCUAAUCGAUACCUCAAAUUUUCCCAAGAAAGCCGAAGCUUUCUCUGUCAAUUUUUUCGCAUCUGCGAACACCAACAGCAAGGAGUUCGCGCCGCCGAAACCUCGUCUAACCACAAACAAGAGAACGCCUACAAGCUCUUCAUCGACGCCAAAUACGAGAAAUAAUGGCGGUGUUAAGUUAUCGGCUGCGAAAAGCAGUGAACCGAUGUCAAGUAACAGUCGAAAAGUAAAGAGUGUGGCUUCAAAUCCGAAUAUAGAAUCAAGUAGUUCAAGUGCAAAUUCGAGCACAACUGUGGACGAGGCUCUGAAAAUUGUACAAGAAUGUGACUACCACUCCCCUAUAUCCAAAAAAAGAAUGGGUGGCGUGGCUCUAGUGAUAGAUGUGGAUAAAAUAGACUCACCAUCUGCAGAUGUAAUGGGAGACAAUCAAAGACAGAGCAAACAGAUCAGCCAAUCAGAGGACGAAGAGGAGAGAAAGAGACGAGAAAAGGCGGAGGAGUUUCUGAGGCGUCAACGUGAGAAGCAGCAGAGGGAUCUGGAAAAGAGGAGGAAGGCGACUGAAGAUGCCAAUGCAGAGAGUGUCCGCAGACAGACCAUGGAAGCACAAGCCCAGGAGCAGAAGAAACUGGAGGCCCAGGCGAGACGCGAGAGAAUCAUGGCUCAGUAUCUGCAGAAAAAAGCAGAGAAGGAGUUGGAGGAAAGUGGGAGAGCCCCACCGAAAACACCGCAAGCCAGAGGACUUGUGGGCGGAGGGGGAGGGGCUACAGGGAGAGCACAGCAACAGGCAAAAAGCGGCCCUGCUUCUAAACCCAGAUCCAAAUCUACUACAGCCAAACCAACGAACAAGAGUCAACAACAACAACAACAGCAGUUGCCAAGGAGCAGACGCGGAAGUACUAGCAGUAGAAAUGGAGACAGUGGCUUCAAAUUGACAAGAAGUAGGAAGAACUCUGUCGAGAACUUGUUGAGUGACGGUGGUGAGUCUCUUGUUUCGUCUGCCAUGGACACUUGGGAAGUAAGAUCCGAGUUCAGCGAGUACAACGGUCCAAAGUUGUUUGUGAAGCCUACUUCGAAGAGCAACAAACUGAAGAUCCAGAAUGCAAUCACUCAGUCUGUGUUCCCCGGGGCAGUCAACAGCGACAUGAAGAACAAAAUACUGCAGCAAAUCGACUCGUGCACUUCAAUAUCAUCUGGUGAUCCGAACAUAGUGGUAGACGCAAGUGGCGGGAAGCACUUUCUGAUUCUGUUUCGAGAUCACGCCCUCAAAUUUAGAGCCAUCUACCUGUGCGAGGGAGACUGUGAGGAGGGGGUGAUUACAAAAGUGACAGGCAUGGGACCGCAGAAUGUGAAACUACAUAUGAUACAGGAUCUGUACAAAUACGACAGUGGGGGCAAGCGGUUCCUGCAAAUCCCCUCCAAGACCAUGUCUGUAUCUGUGGAUGCUUUCACCAUCCAGAACCAGCUCUGGAAAAAGAAGUAAAAACAGUCAAAACAACAUUAACGGCAGAAAGUAGAAAAAGUUGUAGUUAGUCCUAGGAGCUUUGCUGCACGUGGAAUGUUAAGCCCGAGAAAUGAAAACCACUCUCCAAUGUUCUUUGACCUAUAGAGUAAUGAACGGCUACAAGAGUUUGACAUCCAGUCGGAAUUAACUGGAAAAAAUUCAGCUUUAGUUUGAAUAGAAACUGUUAACUCGAAAAGUGGAAUGCUUUUUUCAUGCCUUGUUUUUGCAUUGCGUUGAAAGUUUUCAAUGCUACAAUUUGCGUUUCUUAAGGUGCAGAAUAAACAUGCCAUAUCUUUAUAUCGCACAAAUACGCUUUUGUGAAUUUUAAAUUGAUGUGCAAUAAUCUUGCUCUUUCCCUGUCCUAAAUUGUAAAUAAUCUAUCAAAUUGAAAAUUUAAUAAUCUUUAUUAUUGAGCAUUUGAGGCAUUUUAAUGCCAAGCACUUCGAAAUGCGAAUAAAUGUAUCAUUAAAGAAUGUGUUAUAAUUUCAUCUGUAAAUCGUGUUGUUUCGUUUUAGAUGUAGUUCAAUAACAGCAUUUGAAAACUCCCUUUUCUAUUUAUGGUUGAAAGUCUUUUCUUGUCAUUUCCAGUCUUUUAUCAAUUUUGAUGAAUUAAGUU